AAUGCGGGCGGGGGAUCAGCAGGUAGCAGCAGCAGCAGCAGGCAGGUAGUGAACUGUGUUUAACUGUGCUGAACUGAGUUCAGCUGAAGCUACAAAACAACGGAAAACAACACGAACCCGCUCGAAACGAAGCUCCGCGAUGCCGCUGGGGCCGGGAGUUCCGCGGCCGGCCUGAGGAGCAGCUGCUGCGGCUGUGUGUGAGCGAGCGAGCGCUGCGGGGUCCGGGCGCUGAGGCAGCAGAGUAAAGGUAGGCAGUUGAGCACCUAUAGUCUUGAUUCUUUCCAUCAGCAUGGCUGAGAAGGAGCCAGGCAACCCAGCUCACGCCCUGUUUGACCUCUUUGUGGCGGCCCAAACCUGCAAAGAGGUGCAGCUGAAGUUUGCUGAGCUUUGUCGCCACCUAGAGGUGGACUCCCAGGACUAUCGCAACUUCUACAACAAGCUGAAGGAAAGACUGAACUACUGGAAAGCCAAAGAUCUCUGGCAGAAGAUUGACAGCAGAGCUAACCACUCUGACUACGAGCAGGGCAAACCCUGUGCCAAAACUAAGUGUUUAGUGCUCGGAGCGGGUCCAUGUGGGCUGAGGGUGGCUAUAGAGCUGGCUCUGCUGGGAGCGCAGGUAGUCUUAUUAGAGAAGAGAACCUCUUUCUCCAGGAACAACGUCCUCCACCUGUGGCCCUACACCAUCCGAGACCUGCGCAACCUCGGCGCAAAGAAGUUCUACGGCAAAUUCUGUUGCGGCUCUCUUGAUCACAUCAGUAUCCGUCAGCUACAGCUGAUUCUGCUGAAGCUGGCUCUGCUGUUGGGGGUGGAAGUUCACACAGGAGUGAGUUUCAAAGGCCUGGUGGAGCCUCAAGCCUCAGGAGCUGCAGGCUGGAAGGCAUUACUGCACCCAGAGUCUCACCCUGCUGCUGCUUACCAGUUUGAUGUCUUUAUCUCUGCUGGAGGAGGAAGAUUCGUACCAGAUGGCUUUAAGAGGAAGGAGCUGAGAGGAAAGCUGGCCAUCGGGAUCACUGCUAACUUUGUAAAUCGCCAUACUGCCGCCGAGGCCCAGGUCCCAGAGAUCAGUGGAGUGGCUCGAAUUUACAACCAGAAAUUCUUCCAGGAGCUUCAUACAGAGAAGGGUAUUGAUCUGGAGAACAUUGUCUACUAUAAAGAUGACACUCACUACUUUGUCAUGACUGCCAAGAAGAACAGUCUGUUGAAGAAAGGAGUCAUUAAGCAAGACUUUAGCGACGCAGAUCAGCUGUUAGCACCGGCUAACGUUAACCAGGAGGCUUUGCUGCAGUAUGCGCGUGAUGCCGCUCAGUUCUCUACAGGCGGUAAGCUGCCCGAUAUGGAGUUUGCACUGAACCACGCCGGCCAGCAGGACGUGGCCAUGUUUGACUUCACCUGCAUGCACCGAGCAGAGAACGCCUCGCUGGUGAGAGAGAGGAGGGGCAAGAAACUCCUCAUCGGACUGGUGGGAGACUGUCUGGUGGAGCCUUUUUGGCCCCUGGGUACAGGCAUAGCACGGGGGUUCCUGGCUGCGUUUGAUACAGCGUGGAUGGUGAGGAACUGGGGCAAAGGGAUGCCUCACCUGCAGGUCUUAUCGGAAAGGGAAAGUGUGUACCAGUUGCUCUCACAGACCACGCCUGAGAACACCAGCAAAAACUACAAUGCCUACAGCAUAGACCCCAGCACCCGCUACCCCAACGUCAACGUGUCCUCCAUCAAGCCUAAACAGGUGCAGCAUCUGUAUGAUGAAGACAGUUUGGAUAGCAGCAGCAGCAGGCCUACUAAAAAGAAGAAAGAUUCAUUAGCUAGUAGAAAACAAGAUUCUCUGACACGCCUGUCGGACCUGCUGAGCUGGUGUCAGAAACACACAGCCUGGUGUAACCGUGUCCAGGUCAAAGACUUGAGUCAGUCUUGGAAGUCUGGCCUGGCGCUGUGUGCCCUGAUCCACCACUUCAGACCCAAACUCAUAGAUAUGUCCAGACUGAAGGAGAAGGAUGCUAAGUUCAAUAAUCAGCUGGCCUUUGACAUCCUCCAGAGAGAGUUCGGCAUUGAGCCGAUUAUGUCGGCUAGUGAUAUGGCCACUAGCAAGGAGAUUGACCAGCUGUCUAUGGUGCUCUACCUCACCCAGGUCCACAACGCUUUUACUGAGACACCAGUGCCAAAAGAUCAGUCCAGCCACAAGUCACUCUCUCUCUCCAGGACUCGCUCUGCCGUCUUCUUCCUGAACAAGCUCAAACACAACUCCCUCCAGAGGCGCAAGGAGAGUCAGACAACCAAGCGAGAGGAAAGAAGAGACGAAAUGAGGGAGGAAGAGGAGCAGAAGAAAGACCCUGUGUCUGAGUUGCCCCCCGCAGAGCCGGGCAGCAGCGAGUGUUACUUCUGCCACCAGCAGCUGUACGUGCUGGAGAGGGGCAGCGCUGAGGGCAAAUUCUUCCACCGCAGCUGCUUCACAUGCCAGCAGUGUGGCACCACCCUGCGCCAGGGAGGAUACACCUUCUACCCGGACACUGGGAGGUUCUACUGCGAGCAGCACUCAGAGCCUGUGGCAGAGAAGAGGCAGGAGGAGCGGGAGUCGGAGCCAGCAGAUCCCUCCACAGGGGUUCAGGAUAAUAUCCAGCCCAAUAAGAAUGAACAGCAUGGGGAUGACCAUAAAAAAGGCAAGGAAGAGGAGCACAGUGAAGAGUCUCGGGCGAAUGAAUCUCCUCAGUCCUUCCGCUCUGUGAAGAGAAAAAGCUCCUAUAAGAUCUCCAUAGACCCUCACUGUGAUGAGUCCACAGAAUCCGACAUCCUUGAGAAACAGGAGGAGGAAGACCAGCUCGCAAACAGAGCUGCUAAAGACUCUGAUAAGCCUGGAAUACCUACAGAUCUGAGUACAGAACUUCCCUGUCCUGGUGCUGUUCCUGCUCCAGUGCCCAGCCCACGCAAAUCCCGAACCCCCAGUGCUCAUUCACCAGUCCCUAAACCACGCACCAUCCAUAACGUCGUACCCUCCCCCAACCAUAGCAAAAAGUGCCCAGAGAAAGACCACACCUCCUCAACGACAGUGCCAACGACAGUGGAAACCAUUGCGUCUGGUGAUCAUAAAGAUGAUCAAGAAGAAGAAGAAGCAGAAGCGCUGGAACAGACCGAGAACGGCCAUCAUCCUCUUGGCCCAUCAGACCCCAGACCCAAGCUGUCUCUUAAAAAGCUGCAGCUCACGGACGAAGAGAAGACCCAGCUGGUGAAUCUGAGCUUCAGCCAGGACUCGGACUCUGAGACGCCGGCAUCCUCAUCUGCCGCUUCUACUUCUUCCUCCAACAAGCCCAACGAUGGAGGCGAGGAGGAGGGCUACUGGAGCGGAGGAGCGUCGUCGCUGAGUCACGUCCGAGAGAAGAAGAAUCGCCGCUGCUUCAGAAGGAAGGGAGAGCCCCAGAAACCUGCUCAGAUCCAGCAGGGCAGGCUCAGGUCCAAGUUCUCCCCCUGGAAUCUGUCCUCUCCUCGGCUACAGCAGCGCUUCAGUGUGUUGCGGCCUGCAGUGCAAGUUCAGCCUGAGUCAGACGAUGAGGUGGAUGCUGACGGUGUGGAUGAUGAGGACGAGGAGGAGGAGGAGGAGGAAGAAGAAGACAACGAAGAGGCUCUGAUGACAGCGGAUCAUUAUUUGGAUGGACAGGCUGGAUCAGUGAAACUGUCUGCGGCGGAGAAGCAGGAGAUGACGAAACUGAGGACUCUGGAGCGAAGAGCGAAGAUGAGCGAGCUGCAGCGCUUCCACAAAGCUCAGUCUAUCCAGAGGAGGCUGGAGGAGAUUGAAGUGACAUUUAAGGAGCUAGAGGAGAAAGGCGUAGUGCUGGAGAGAUCACUCAGAGGAGAGCCUGGCUCUGAUGGAUCAGCGACUAUGAUAGACGACUGGAUUGAGUUGGUCCAGCAGAAAAAUGAUCUGGUCUCAGAGGAGUCUGACCUCAUGGUGGCGUCUCGGCAGCUGGAGCUGGAAGAUAAACAGAGCAUGCUGGAGCUGGAGCUGCGGCGCUUCAUGGAAACAGACGACUCUGAAAAGACAGAAGCGCAGCAGAAAGAGGAGGAACAAAUCCUGCAGCAGAUGCUGGAGGUGGUGGAUAUGAGGAAUUCUCUCGUGGCCUUCCUGGAGGAAAAGAGACUCAAAGAGCUGAACGAGGAAACAAUGGGCUCCUCGCUGCUGGAGACCAAGCGGCACUCGACCGCAUCCGCCCAGGUCCACUGGGCGUGAGAGAGGGGGCGCCACUGUGUACGCACAAACCCACGCAAACACACCGCCUUCUGCCCGCCGGCUGAAAUUUAUUACAUUUCAAACCAAAGACUCUGAAAGGGAAAAUCCUGUGAGACGGGACUCAUUACUGUGUGCGCGCUUGGACACACUCAGGUUUUCGCGAUGUUGGCAGGACGUACGGGGCUUUACACCACCAUUCAGACCUGAGGCUACCUAUGAACGACACCUCAUGAUGUUGUCCAGAGAGAUCUGGAGCUUCUAUUACUAACACCACCCCAGCCUUCACUGCCCUGUCACAGCCUAGAGAGAAAGAAAACAAAGAGGUAGAAAGAUAGAAAUAGAGAGAAAGAAAGAGAGAGAGAGAGAGAUGGGUGGAGUCUCCCUGUUGUAGCUACUGUACACUCCCACGCACACGCAGUCACACGAGUGUGUGAACGAGACAUAGAUAUGUCAUAUAUAUUUAUAUAUAUAUAUAUAAAUAUAAAUAUAAAUAUAUAUAUAUGAGAGCUGGACUCGGGACAAUGUGCUAAUGAUAACCCUCUUCAGUGUUCUACUGAAUAAGUAUGGAAAAGGAGGAAAUGAGAGGGAAUGAAUGUGUAUUAUUCUCUUAUAUCGCGGCCAUAUUUAUUCAGGGUCGUCUGCCAAGCACAUAGAUAUUCUGAAUGAUUGAUGUUCAUAGCGACACUUAAAAAAAAAAAAAAAAAAAAAGAAAGAAAAAAAGAAAAGAAAUUGUGUUAUUUGGGUAACAUUUCACAAUAAAGGUACAUCAAAUACAAAAACAGUGCUUACGCCAGAAAUUGACAUUGUUAACUGGUUAAAUUGGUUAUUGUGUCAACUAAUUAUUAAUUGACAUUAAAAAAAUUGAAAAUAAAAACAUAUUAUUGCAUACUAUAUGAUAUGGCACACCCCUAAUUGAGAUAUUAACAAAAAUAUAUAUAUUUUUAGCAGAUUUGUAUCAGAAGUCAAUGAUCCAAAAUGUCAUGAUACUAAUAAUAAUACACUCCAAAUAUCCACAUAUAUCCAGGAUUAAAGUAAAAUAAAUUAUACUGGACAAAUAUAAUCUAUAUUCUUUAGUAGAUAUAUAAUGGGAAAUGAGAACAGUGUAAAUUUUUGUUUUGCUAUAAUCAACCAAAAAAUAGUACCCUGAAAUGUAAUAAUUAGACCUGAGUGAUAUGGCACGAUAUUUCAGGGUAUAAUAUCGUCCAAUGUUGACGAUAUUAUUGCAUACAAUAUGAUUUGACACCUAAUUGACACUAAUUAAGACAUUUAAAGAUUAUUUUUUUAUGUAGUAGCUCAUAACAUGAUCAGCAACUUGGAUCACAACAGAGCUUCAGCCAGUAUUUUCUUAUUGGAACUGUGCAUUAUGUCGCGGUAAUCUGUGUGGGAUGCAGCCUCCGAAUCUGCCCACUGUCAAUUCCUUGAUUCCCAUUUCCACACUCAGGGUUGCCAGGUGUAGACAGCAGCUUGUAAACAGCCAUGUCCUGCAGCCGUGGAAACGGACAAGCUGGCUAUUUGUCUGGCUGUUUGACAGGUAAUCGCUGAGCUUCAGCAAGGUUGCUGAGAAUAACUGGAUUUUUUUUGUAGACACUGAAAUGUGUAUAUUCACUGAUCAGUUACAGAGUAAGACUUUGCGUUGUGUACUAAUUAAUAAUAAGUUGAGGCAUUCCGUCGUAAGUAAUGUUAAUUAACGUACCUUUAUUGUAACGUGUUGCCGAUAUUUGUUAGAAAUGCUUUUUCAGUCCUUCUGCUGCUGCUUAUUAAUACAAUGCCAUAAUAAUCACAAGUCGAUGCCAACGCUUUUAAGAGAACAAGCUCAGUAUGUUUCUGCUUUGCCACAGCAAAACAUUAUAAAAAAAUAAUAAUCUCACUGAACUCUUGUGCAAUGUACAACUUUUAUUAUUAUUAUUACUACUAUUAUUAUUAUUAUUAUUAUUGUUAUUAUUAUUAUUUGAGCACAUUUUCAUAGACAGAGUUUAUGUUGUAAAGUGGGAUGGUCUAGAAACUCAGGGUUUGGUUAAUAAGACCUAUACUGGAGUGCCACAUCAGAAUCAACGCUAUUUCUCUCUGAAAGGGCAGUGCGGUUUCUGAAGGGUUUGGAUUUAUUGAUUCAAUUUACGUUGCAUUCGUGAACCGUGAACCGUUUUACAUGAACCAAGUGAGACCGGGUGAUCCGUUGUGGAAAAUUUUGAGAAUUUAUGUUUUUUUUUUUUUUUGGUUUUGUGUUCGGCCCUUUGUGGUUCUUUUCUCUAUGAUUUGCUCUUCUUUCAGCUCUGACGGUACACAGUAUCCUAAUAAUAAUAAAUUCAGUAUAUGAGA